AUGGAUCGUGAUAAUGACCACAAAAUAUUUCAGGCUAAUGUGAUCUUCCUCGGUAUCGCGUUAAAGGUUGUGUUGUCCGUGAAAAGCCGUGAUCGCAGUGAUCGUGACAGGAUUUUGGGAUGGCUCAAGGUAGGAUUCAGACCUCAAGACCCUUGGGUUCUGCAACACUGCUUGUGUUUACUUGGUGUCACAUGGAUUUUCGGAUUCCUCACAGCCGUCAGCGGGGUCGGUGGAGUGGUCUUCUCAUGGAUUUUCACCAUUCUGAACUGCUCACAGGGAGUGUUCAUCUUUGUCCUUCACGUCGUAAUGAAUGCAAAAGUUCGCUUGACGGUGGUUCGGUGGCUACGAAGCGGAGUUUGCUGCCUUCCUGACAAAUCCAGCGCCGACAACAGCAGGUCACUUUCGGUUUUCUCCUAUUAA